AUGUCUAAGAACUCUGAGUUCAUCAACCUGUCAUUUUUAUUAGAUCAUGAGAAGGAGAUGAUCCUGGGAGUCCUAAAGAGAGAUGAAUAUUUGAAAAAAGUAGAGGACAAGAGAAUAAGGAAGCUGAAGAAUGAACUCUUGGAAGCAAAACGCAGAAGUGGGAAGACUCAACCAGAGACCACCAGGGUCUGUGCCCACUGUCAGAGAAACCUGGGCUUGAUAUUCGAUCGGGGAGACCCAUGCCAGGCCUGCUCCCUCAGAGUGUGCAGCCAGUGCCGGGUCUCAGGCCUUGAUGGCAGCUGGCGGUGCACCAUCUGUGCGAGAGUCGCGCAGCUAAGGAUUGUAACUGGUGAGUGGUUUUUUGAAGAAAAGGCAAAGCGUUUCAAGCACGUCAAUGUUCUGGGCACUGAUGUUGUCCGACAGUCCAUCUUAAGAAGAAGUCCAGGAGAUGGAGAAAUACAAAGCCAAGAACAAACCCGCCAAAACACAGAAAAGUCAGAUGCUUUGGCUUCUGCUGGGCAGAAGGCCAGCCACGAUGGACCCAGGAGAAAGGGAUUUCUUCUUAGCAAGUUCAGAUCAGCAACCAGAGGAGAAAUUAUUACUCCCAAAACUGAAAGUGGGCGGAGCUACAGCUUGGACUUAGACAGCCACAAUUUUCGGAGUUUAAAGUCAGCCCCUGGUUCUGACAGGGGAAGCACUGGUUCAUCAGAUUUCAAUGAACCAGAAGCUGGUCCUGGAACUCUGAAGAGUGUCCGGAGCAAUGGCAUGACCCCAGGCACUCCGAGGUCACCGGCCCCCAGCACCCGCAGCGUGACCUCAGUCAGCAGUCGAGAACGUGGUUUUGAAAAUUUCACCGAUUUGGCUGCCAUUGAAAGCACCUCUGAGGACUUCACAAAGACUCAUCGCCGAAAACCUUCCAGCACACCAUCCAUAGCAGUGUCCCGGGCCUCCCUCUCCUCAGACCGGAGUCGAUCUGAGUUAGAUUUGAGUGGGUCAUUUACAGAAGACUUAGAGGAUACUAUAAGCAUAAGGAGCAAAUCUGUCCCUGGGGCUUUGGACAAAGACUUGGAUUCCUUAGAAGAGAUGGAAGAUGGCAUUGAUGACUUAGUGUCCUCCCGGUUUUCUUCAAAUACCCACAGUCUAGCGAGUGGCCUGUCAACAAAUUCUCAAGCAGGCUCUGACAGGAAAUGGACCUACCUAAGUGUGCCUGAUGCUGACUCAGACACUACCAGCCUGAACAGCAUGAUGAGUGUUUACAGUGAGACAGGAGACUAUGGCAACGUGAAGGUCAGCGGGGAAAUCCUUUUGCACAUCAGCUACAGCUAUGAAACUGGCGGGCUCUACAUUUUUGUCAAGAACUGCAGAAAUCUGGCCAUAGGAGAUGAAAAGAAACAGAGGACAGAUGCUUAUGUCAAGUCAUACCUUCUUCCUGACAAGUCCAGAAAUAAUAAGCGCAAGACCAAAAUAAGAACAGGCACCAAUCCAGAAUUCAAUGAAACCCUAAAGUACACCAUCAGCCAUGCCCAGCUGGAAACGAAAACUCUGCAGCUCUCAGUCUGGCAUUAUGAUCGAUUUGGACGGAAUAGCUUCCUGGGGGAGGUGGAGAUUCCUUUUGACUCAUGGAACUUUGAAAAUCCAAGUGAUGAGUGGUUUGUGCUUCAACCCAAGGUGGAAUGUGCUGCUGAUAUUAGCCUUCAGUACAAAGGAGAGCUGACAGUCAUGUUACGUUACAUACCACCAGAAGAGAAACUGAUGCCUCCACUAGGACAAUUUCAAGGAAAGAAGACCUUUAAACGAGGGAAAAAGAAGGACCCAUCUAUCAUCUCUGGAGGAAUCCUAGAAGUGUUCAUCAAAGAGGCAAAGAAUUUGACUGCGGUGAAAUCAGGAGGCACUUCUGACAGCUUUGUGAAGGGCUACCUGCUCCCUGAUGAUAGCAAAGCCACCAAGCACAAAACUCUGGUAAUAAAAAAGAGUCUGAACCCUCAGUGGAAUCAUACUUUCGUGUUCAGUGGCCUGCAUCCCCAGGAUAUAAAGCAUGUUUGCCUAGAACUUACCAUCUGGGACAAGGAGGCCUUUUCCAGCAACAUCUUUCUGGGAGGAGUUCGUUUGAAUUCUGGAAGCGGUGUGAGCCAUGGGAAGAACGUGGAUUGGAUGGACUCUCAAGGGGAAGAGCAGCGCCUCUGGCAGAAGAUGGCGGACAAUCCCGGAACUCCUGUAGAGGGCGUACUCAUGCUCCGUGCCAGCAUGGGGAAGAGCAAGCUCUGA